GACGUGUCGUCUUUUUUCUGUAAUAUUGACUUAUUUUACAGAAAAGGUGACAGAAAGAAACUUAUAUUCUAAUAAUGGAGGACAGGAUUAAAAUUGAUGUUUAUGGACAACUGUACUCAAUUCCAAGAGAAAUAAUUGAAAAUGGACCGGCAUCUCGACUGAAAAGAAUGUACAAAACGGGCUCCUCCGUUUCAAAGUCUGAGUGUAUAUUUAUAAAUAGAUCGCCUGAAAGUUUUGCCGCCGUUCUAAGGUUUUAUCAAACUGGGGAACUGCAUAUUCCAAUGACGUCAUGUCCGGGAGCGUUCAUAAAGGAGUUGGAGUACUGGGAAAUAACGCCGGAUGCAGUUUCAGAUUGCUGUUACAACAGAUUACAGAGCUUUAUUGACGAGCAGGAUACACUAAGACAGUUUAAACAAAACUCUGAAGAUAGGGGUUGGAGUGAGUCUCCACCCGACUCCUACAACUGCAUGAAAAACAUACGCGCAAAACUGUGGGAGAUUGUCGAUUACACAAAACCUUCCCUGGCUGGAAAGAUAUACUUCGGUUUGACACUAUCGAUGAUAUUGCUUUCAAUCUUCACUCUGGCAUACAGCACAGAUCCGGGAUUUCAACGAGCAAUGACCAAUUGUGAGCGUCUGGAGUAUAUGAAAUCAUCUAAUAUGGAAGGCUAUGAGAUGAUGAAGCCAUAUCUUGAGGAGAUGUGUGACACCGAGUUUCUACCAAGCAACUCGGUAAAUGAAAUGUCAAAUGAAACUGUUCCAGAAAGUUUUUCCCUUCAAGCUGAUAACGAAACGGAUGAAAGUGAUUUCAAGGUAUAUGUGUUUAAGAUUAUGCAUCAAACCUUCUAUGUAGAGCAAACGCCUACGUUUGUAGACGAGCAGUCAUCUAUCAGACCACCUACAUUUUAUGAAACUGUUGAUGAAAAUGAAACAGUCAUUUCUGGAUCAGAAAUAUUCGAUGACUUAAACGGAACAUUUACAUUUGAAUUUCUUCCGAUGCCGUCGUUAUUCUUAGACGUACCUAUUCCACAAAUGUUCAUGGAAUUAAAAAACGUCAAAGUCCCAGAUAUGAAAGCUAAACUAUUUAUCCUUAUCAUAAUGGAGUCUGUUUCAAACGUUUUCUUUACGGUCGACACCAUUUUACGCUUGUACUCGUGUCCACGUAUAAUGUUUUACUUUAUGUCGAUAAUCAACUUCGCAGACGGAACAGCGUUGAUUGGUGCAUAUCUUCACUUAAUCCUUUACUACAGAUAUCCUCACUUACGCUACGGUAACUCCUGGAUAGACAGUUUAGCUUAUAUUCAGAUGUUGAGAUCCCUUCGUCUGUUCAGAAUCGUUGCAAAUAUUCGAGCAGGAAAAGUUCUUGCCUAUUCUGCACGCAAAAAUGUCAAAGACCUUACCAUACUGAUAUUGUUCCUCAUUGCCGGAAUGUGUACCUUUGCGAGUUGCUUUUACAUUGUUGAAGAGAGAACUACAAUUGAAAGUAUACCAGAUGCCUGGUACUGGGCUAUCAUUACAAUGACAACCGUUGGAUACGGUGAUAUCGAGCCGAGAACGAAGAUUGGCAGGUUAUUGGCGUGUAUUUGCGCAGUUGUUGGUGUUCUAUUACUCGCCCUUACCGUGCCGAUAUUUGCCAACCAUUUUCUUAUACUAUAUCAACACGUGGAAACGGAAAAUGUAGUUAAGCGUCUCGAAAAGAAAUCGACAAAAAUAACAAGGAACCAAAAUAUCGAGAACACCGAAACACGAAAAGCAUUCUUUAUCGUCUAGCAAUUCUAGUUUUGUUUUCUUUUCAUUUUAUUAAUUACAAGUCAAAACGUCACUGCUUAGCUCAUAUGAGAGACAAUAAUAAGACGCAGACAGGAAUUAUUCCAAGAAGUUCAGGCCCGAAUUUAUUAAUUAAUGACCAAAUAAUUAUUUGAACAUAUUGCAAGGAAAAAGGGAGACAUAAAAUAAUCAGCCAAUUCCUCGUAAUAGAGGUGUUAACCACACAAAACGAUAGAGAUUGAUAAAAAUUGGUAACAGUUAGUUUAUAUAUAAGAAUUAUUCGAUAGUAAAUGAAAACAUGGAAGAGCAAAGAAUUUCCAGACCUGAUAAUUAAAAAUAACAUUUUUUAAAAGUUCAUUAAUUAAAAGAAUUCCUGGAAUUCAUCAAUAGAUUUGACAUUUAAAUAGUGAUAAAACUUGCGAAAAUGCAAAUGGAGCUUAACUGUGUUUACACACACUUGUUUAAGAAAACGUAUAGUAAAUGAAUGGAAGGAAGUUCAAGAAGUGACAAAUUCUUGGAUAUUUUUAAGAAUAAAGAAGACAGGCAGAGAAGUACUUUUCGAAAACUAUAAAAGAAAACUAGUACGUAAAUCGACAAAAUGACAAAGUAAUUGCAUUGUUGCGCGUCCUUUAAUUUUUUGUUGAUGUUGUUGAAAUGUAACUUACACACACACGCACCCGCACACACACACCAAAACACGCACACACACGCAUACACACACACAUCACAAACGAACAAAUAUUACAAUAUUGUAAAUUGUAUAUUAUAAUGCUUGGCAAACGUUUUUAUGCUCGUUUUGCUUAGUUUAUAUUUCGUUUUUAUAACUAAAUGUUAUCUGUUCAACACCGUUCAGCAUUUUUAUAUUUCAUCAAGUUUAUUCGUGCUUAUAUGCAUUCAUAAUGUGAAACUAGUUUAAAUCAUCCGAAGUAACCGACGGAAUGCUAAAGAAUACAAAUAUCAAACUAAUACUACUUUCUUUGGAAGACAAGUCAAUAAACUGAUGUUUCCUUUUCUUAAAACAUAAGCAUUUAUUCG